AUGCGCGAAGCGCGUUUGAGUUUGUAUACAUACAUGUGCUCACUGCUCGUACGGAGCCAUAACCUCGAAAAACAGUGCCAAUAAACUAGACAAAACUCUGACGAAAAAUUGUUGAAACAUUUACAGGUCAUUUGACCUAUACCAACAAUGGAGAUUGAAGAAGGUCAAUUCAGUGAUGCUGAUGAAAAUGAUACUCGGCCAAAUACAUUAGAAGGUGUGCCAAUUUUUCACAAUAAUCUAUGUGAGGAAUUAAAUGAAAUAAAUUUAACAAAUGAAGAUGAAAGUGAAGAUGUGCUGGAUAACGAGUAUGAUGAUUAUGUCUGGGACAGUGAAGAUGAAGGCGCUGGACACAAACAUAGGUUUAAAGCAAAUUCUCAAACUACAAAUCAUCAAGGAAGUUCUUCUAAAGUUACUACUUUUCAACCAUCUGAUAAGCUUUUUAGAAGAUACGCAAAUAAAAUAAAUGUAGAUGAUUAUGCAGGCCCUAAAUUGAGUCAAAAUGUGAAAAAUAUGCUUAAUGAAAAAACUAGAAGUAUGGACAAUGACAGGAUGAGAGUGAAAGAUAAAAGUGAUCGUGCCACUGCUGAACAAGUAAUGGAUCCUCGUACUAGAAUAAUUUUAUUUAAAAUGCUAAAUAAAGGUAUUAUAGAUGAAAUCAAUGGUUGCAUUUCUACGGGUAAAGAAGCCAAUGUCUAUCAUGCAAGAUCAAAGACUGGUAUAGAAUUUGCAAUCAAAAUUUACAAAACUUCUAUAUUAGUUUUCAAAGACAGAGACAAGUAUGUGACUGGAGAAUUUCGAUUUCGACAUGGCUAUUGUCGUAGUAAUCCAAGAAAAAUGGUCCGUACAUGGGCAGAAAAGGAAAUGAGAAAUUUAAAUCGUUUACAGCAAGGAGGAAUUAAAGCACCUAAGGCUAUAAUGUUGAAGAGCCAUGUUUUAUUGAUGGACUUUAUAGGUGUAAAAGGUUGGCCAUCUCCAAAAUUAAAAGAUGCAUUACUGGUUUCUUCACAGCCAAGAAAACUUUAUAGAGAAUGUGUUGUAAUAAUGUGGAAGCUUUAUAACAAAUGCAAGUUGGUUCAUGCAGAUUUAAGCGAAUACAAUAUACUCUACCACGAGGAGUCUCUUGUCAUAAUUGAUGUAUCACAAUCUGUUGAACAAGAUCAUCCUAUGGCUUUUGAAUUUUUAAGAAAAGACUGCACUAACAUUACAGAUUUUUUCAAGAAAAAUAAAGUAGCCGUUAUGUCUGUAAAAGACUUGUUUGAUUUUAUUACUGAUCCAACAGUAAAUGAAAAGAAUAUAGAUGAAUAUCUAGAUAAGAUGUCAAAAAUGAUGGAAAAUAAGUCCACAGACAUUGACCCAGAACAACAGAUUGAAGAAGAAGUCUUCAAAAAUGCUUACAUACCUCAAAGACUUACAGAAGUAAUUGAUAUUGAAAGGGACAUCCGUAUUGCUAAGGCUGGAAAAGGUGAUCUUGUAUACAAAACAUUAGUUGGUUUAAAAUCAGAUUUAUCCAAACCUGCAUUAGUACCUGAAAUUUUAUCAAAAAAAGAUAAGGGUACCAAAACAUUAGGUAAGAAAGAAAAAAGUUCUGAUUCACAUGACGAAGAAAGUGAUGAAGAAUCAGAUGGUAGCAGUUAUGAGGGUACAGAUGAAGAAGAUAGUGAAGAUGAAAGUGGAAGUGAAAAAGAGUCCAAAUUUAUAAAUUCUGCUCGUCCUAAGCAUGAAACGGCUGAGGAACGAAAGCUGAGGAAAAAGGCAGUCAAAGACCAGAAAGCUGAGACCAGGAAAUCUAAGAUGAAGAAGCAUGUGAAAAAAAAGAAAACGAAAGCUUCAAAGAAAAAAUAAAUGUAUUAAAAAUUACGUUUUUAUUAGUGUAAUUACUGUUUGAUGCUUGUAAAUUUGCAAAAAAAUAAAAAAAUUUUAUAUGUAACAUAUCGUCGCUCCGUACGAAGACUAGCACAGUUCAAAUUUUCAAACAAAAACUAGCACAACUCACGAUUUGCCGCGAAGAGUAGCACAGUUCAGAAAUACGGCCAAGAGUAGCACAACUCGCGACUUUAUAUUACUUAAAAUGUGAGUAUUUUACGUUUUUAGUAGGUUAUUUAGUUGGUCAAGUUCAUGAAAAUCUUGGACAAAGACAGACAAACCUCAAAGUUUAAAAAGGUUUCGGAAAUUUUAGAAGGUUUCUAAAAAAAGUGAAUAAUUUAAAAAAAUGUUUGUAAAAAAUUAUUGUAUUUGUGAAAACAAUUUUAAAUUCGGUAAAAAGUUGUAAAUUGUGAAUAUUUGAAAAUGUUUAUUAGGGACAGUUUCGCAAAAAUCAGGAAAUUUGUAUAGAAAUUCGUUGUUUAAGUUGUGCUAUUCUUCGCGAGAAAUUUUGAGUUGCGCUAGUCUAGUGUGCGUGAAAUGAGUUGUGCUACUUAUGACGAGAAAUUUGAACAGUGCUACUCUUCGUAGGGAGCGACGAUAUAAUAGAUAUUUAAUAAAUAUUAGUAAUUGAUUUGAUAA